ACGACAACCGGUCGUAACGACAUCACCCGUCAUUUCUGAGCUACACAGUAGCAUCACUCUCAUCUCACUCCGGCGAUUGCUUCUUCGCGAGAUUGUUUAGCCUUUUGCAUUGUGCAGAGGCUCUUGGUUAUUGUACAUCUCGAUUGUCUUUGUGUGUAGUUUUGUGUGGAUCUUCAGUUGUUGGAGAGGUUUUUAGUGCGUGUGGUGGCUCUCGGUGUAGAAUUUUGUAGCGCUAUGGCAUUGGCACACUUCUUCGGGCGACGCAACAGCUUUUUUGAUUUUCCGGAUCCGUUCGACGCUAUGGUGAGCAUCAUGGAUCACUCGCCAGCUAGUUCGUUCAUGCGAGAUGCUCAUGCGAUGGCGAGCACCAAUGUGGAUUGGAAGGAGACUCCGACCGAGCAUGUGUUUGUGGCUGACCUCCCGGGGUUGAAGAAAGAGGAAAUCAAAGUGCAGAUCGAGGAUGGAAAUAUGCUGACCAUCAGUGGACAACGGAUUAGGGAGGAUGUGCAAUCGACAGAUACUUGGCACAGAGCGGAGCGGAGUAGUGGUCAGUUCAAGCGCAGGUUCAGGCUACCAGAGGGCACUAACCUUGAUCGUGUCUCGGCAAAGAUGGAGAACGGCGUGCUUGCUGUCACGGUGCCUAAAGUCGAGGCAGAGAGGGAGAACAACCUUCGAAGCAUUGAGAUUGACGGCAACGAGGGAGAACAACCGCUUGCAACUGAUCAAAAUUCUGGCGACAAUGUUGUGACAGCAGCGACUACGGAAAAUGGUAAAUAGACGCAUCGAAGUCGAGUACUUCCCAGCUGAAAGUGAAUAGAGAAGUUUUCUAAUAACGAGGGAAGACGUCAAAAAUCCUCCUCCCUCAAUGCCAUCCAAUGAACCGCGAUCUUUAGAGGUUUACAGGAUUCUAGUAAUUAACAUGAGUGGCUGUAACUGGUGGGUUUGAUCCUGCUCAAUCCUUACAAAUCUUGUAAUUAGUGUAUCACCUCAUUCUCACAAAAACACAAAUAUUCUCUAUACAAAAUUUAACACUAUUAAUAUAGAAAAACCUUGCAACAUUUCCCUAAC